AUGCGUGCUCUACUCCAGGUAUUGAUCACGGCCGCGGUCGCCAGCGCUCACACCCUAGUGCGAAGCGUGUAUGUCAAUGGUGUCGACCAAGGCACCAACUUUGGCAUUCGCCCACCGGCGAUGAACGGCCCUCCUCGAGCAGGCGAACCUCCUUUCAUCGAUGGAUCCGACUCUGGAACUGGCUCCUGGCCCAUCCGCGACCUCGACCUCCCCGACAUGCGAUGCAACAUCUUUGGUGAGAAGGAAGCACCCGACGUGAUUCGCGUCGUCCCUGGAGACAUCGUCUCCUUCGAAUGGGGCCACCGCAACCGUGGCCCUUCCGACGGUAUCAUCGAUCCAUCCCACAAGGGUGCCAUCGCUGUUUACAUCGCGCCUGCUCCUGGAGGCGAUAACAGCUGGGUCAAGAUUUUCGAGGAGGCUGAGUACGCCAAGGGUCAAUGGGCCGUCGUUCCCAAGUUGAUCAACAACCGUGGUGUGCACUCUGUUCGGAUUCCAUACAACUUGAAGCCUGGAUACUACCUCUUGAGACCCGAGCUCUUCACUCUGCACGAGGCUGAUGUCGCACAUAACGUCAACCGCAACCGUGGUAUCCAGCUCUACACCGAGUGUGUACAGAUCCUUGUUGGAGGAAACGGAACCGUUUCUUUGCCCCCUGGUGUUUCCUUCCCCGGAGCGGGAAGACUUACGCCAAUUGCAGCCUACAAGUACUCCGACCCUGGCAUCGUCUACAACCUCUAUUACACUCCCCCUGGUGGCGGCUACAAGGUCCCUGGCCCAACUGUCUGGUCAGGAGCCGCACCUUCGGUCACCAAUCCUCCCUUGGGCACGAAGAAGGGUCCUUUGACCUACACCCGGUGGUACACCUGGGUCGGCACUGACCGAACUGUCACCUGGACCGGCCCUGGCGGAUUGACCAGGACCCCUUACAACCCUGUCUGGCCCACCGCCACUGCCUGGGGUACCGCAGCCGGUGCUGCAGCUGCCGAGGCUGGUGUUCAAACCCCCGCACCAACCCCUCCUCCCGCGUAA